AGAGAGUCGCAGUUCUUCAGAAUCAAGAUCCUGCAAUUUGUUCUCCAAAAAACAACCCUUUGUUUUUCCAAACUCCAAACAACCCAAAGGCACUUUUAAGAGCCAAGUCUGUCUUGUUAAACUGUCCUUGCUGUGUUGUACUUGAUAGUCUCUUCCUAUCUCUCUAUUUAUUUCUCUGUCUAACUCUGUUGUCAGUCUUUCUUCUGUGUCUCUGUCUGUGUCUCUUCACUAUAAUGAGUGAUUCUGAUCUUGAGGAUCUCCUGAGAAGCGCAGAUGAGCUGGUUGAGCAGAAAGAGUUAAGGGAUGACCUACGGAGUGCUGAUGAUUUGCUUUGUACUGCUACUGCUGCUGUUGUUGCUGCUUCCACUUGGAAGCGGCAACAACAGCAGCAGUAGCAGCAGCAGCAACAGUGCCAGCAGUGUCAAUGAUGUGCUGGAAGAAGAGAGACAGUGAGGGAAACUUGAUCUUUGCAAGACCACGUUCAACCCGGAAUGUCUCAAAUCAGGCUGGCUGCAGUCGUAACACUGAUCCCCCCGUUGCUGCUCCUGACUGUGAUCUGAUCUUUGCUCCAGUUAUCGCUCCAGAGACUGUUGAGGGGUUUCUACGAGAUCUCCAGCAGUCUCUGAGCGAUACUACAGGAGAUGAGGUGGUAGCACAAACCCCAAGUGCUUCUCUGCUGGCAUCGACCAACUGGAGCACUCGAAAAAGUUUUUUUUCAGAGAGCUGGAGGGCAGCGAGACCACAUCUAGUUAACACCGUAGUGGCCCAAGCAAAUGUGGGAACACACAUUUGCCAACAGUGUUGGGGCAAAACGUCUGUUGUCCGGUGCCGGGAUUGCCGACCACAUCCCUUCUUCUGUGCUGACUGUGAUGUCAGCAUGCACUCCAGACACCCCCUCCACAACAGAGAUGCUACUACUGCAGGUUACUUCCAGCCAUUGGCCCCAACAACACAUGUACUAAAUAUGGCCCUUUGCUCCUGUGUGCGGUUUGUACCUGUGGAGAUCCCGGACAAAAUCUGUGGUUGUGCAUCAGAGUCAUUGAGCCUCAAGCCAGGAAAGACUGUGACUGUGAUCCCAAUGAAUGGUAAGAAUGGGAAGAAUGACGACAUGAGCUAA